CGAAAUCUUCAGAGAAGGCAUAGCUCCAAUAGCAAGUCUGAGUAAAAUUUAGUUCUAUUAUUCCCUCAAAACGCGAGAGUGGAUUCAAACAAAUUAAAAGGCUCUGCCCCUUCUGGAUCCAGUGUGAACAAUGGAGACGGCGCGAGUAAAAACGCCACAGCAAAGGCAAGUCGUUUUUCUUACUAUAUUGUUGCUUUUGGGGGAGGCUGGCACUGAGGCAAUUAGAUAUUCCAUGCCAGAAGAAACUGAGAGUGGCUACUUGGUGGCUAAUCUAGCAAAAGAUCUGGGUCUUAAGGUGGGGGAAUUGGCCACUAGAGGGGCGCGAAUCCAUCAUAGAGGAAACAAAGAGCUCUUGCAGCUGGACGCAGAGGACGGGAAUUUGCUCCUGAAGGAAAAACUAGAUCGCGAGGAUCUGUGUGGGGCGACAGAACCCUGUGUGCUGCACUUCCAGCUCAUACUGAAAAACCCUGUGCAGUUCUUCCAAACUGACCUGCAGCUCACAGACAUAAACGAUCAUUCUCCAGAGUUCCCGCACAGGGAAAUGCUCCUAACAAUUCCUGAGAGCGCCCAGCCAGGGACCGUGUUUCCUCUGAAGGCAGCUCAGGACCCUGAUAUAGGCAGCAAUGCUGUUCAGAACUACACAGUCAGCCUCAACCUCCACUUCCAUGUCGUUACUCACAGUCGUGCUGAUGGCAGGAAAUACCCAGAGCUGGUGCUGGACAGAGCUCUGGACAGGGAGGAGCAACCUGAGCUCACUUUAACCCUCACUGCUGUGGAUGGAGGGUCUCCUCGCAGGUCUGGGACCACUACAGUUCACGUUGAGGUUGUGGACAUCAAUGAUAACGCUCCCCAGUUUGUACAGUCGCUCUAUGAGGUUCAGGUCCCUGAGAACAGCCCCCUUGAUGCCUUAGUAUUGACGGUGUCUGCCAGGGAUUUAGAUGUGGGACCUUAUGGGAAUGUAGCCUACUCUCUGUUUCAAGGUGGUGAAGUUUCUCAACCAUUUGUAAUAGACCAAGUUACAGGAGAAAUUCAUCUGAGCAGAGAGUUGGAUUUCGAGGUAACUAACCGUUAUAACAUAGAAAUAGCAGCCACGGAUGGAGGAGGCCUUUCAAGCAAGUGCACUGUGGCUGUGCACCUGUUGGAUGUAAAUGACAACGCGCCAGAGUUGACCAUCUCCACACUCACAAGCCCUAUCCCAGAAAACUCUCCGGAGACUGUAGUUGCUGUGUUCAGUGUUUUUGAUUUAGAUUCUGGGGACAAUGGAAGGAUGGUGUGUUCUAUUCAGAACGAUCUUCCAUUUCUUUUGAAGUCCACAUUCGAGAACUAUUACACUUUAGUGACAGAGGGGCCACUGGACAGAGAGAGCAAAUCUGAGUACAACAUCACCAUCACAGUCAGCGACAUGGGCACACCCAGGCUCACAACCCAGCACACCAUAACAGUGCAGGUGUCUGAUGUCAAUGACAACACCCCCGCCUUCACACAAAGCUCCUACACCCUGUUUGUCCAAGAGAACAACAGCCCCGCCCUGCACAUAGGCACCAUCAGCGCCACAGACUCAGACUCGGGCUCCAAUGCCCACAUCACUUACUCGCUGUUGCCCACUCACGACCUGAAGCUGCCUCUCUCCUCGCUCAUCUCCAUCAAUGCCGACAACGGGCAGCUGUUCGCCCUCAGAGCGCUGGACUACGAGGCUCUGCAGAGCUUCGAGUUCCUCGUGGGCGCCACAGACCAAGGCUCGCCCGCGCUCAGCAGUCAGGUGUUGGUGCGCGUGCUGGUGCUGGACGCCAACGACAAUGCGCCCUUCGUGCUCUACCCUCUGCAGAACGCCUCUGCGCCUUGCACAGAGCUGCUGCCCAGGGCGGCAGAACCCGGCUACCUGGUCACCAAGGUGGUGGCUGUGGACCGCGACUCUGGCCAGAAUGCCUGGCUGUCAUUCCAGCUGCUGAAGGCUACGGAGCCAGGGCUGUUCAGCGUAUGGGCUCACAAUGGCGAGGUGCGCACCUCCAGACUGCUGAGUGAGCGCGAUGCGCCCAAGCACAGGCUGCUGCUGCUGGUCAAGGACAAUGGCGACCCUCCGCGGUCUGCCAGUGUCACUCUGCAUGUGCUACUAGUGGAUGGCUUCUCUCAGCCCUAUCUGCCUCUGCCUGAGGUGGUGCGCGACCCUGCGCAGGACAAUGAGGACUUGCUCACACUCUAUUUGGUCAUAGCCUUGGCGUCUGUGUCUUCGCUCUUCCUCUUGUCUGUGCUGCUGUUUGUGGGGGUGAGGCUGUGCAGGAGGGCCAGGGCGGCCUCUCUGGGUGGCUGCUCUGUGCCCGAGGGCCAGUUUUCUGGACACCUCGUGGACGUUAGCGGUGCAGGGACCCUGUCCCAGAGCUACCAGUAUGAGGUGUGUCUGACCGGGGACUCUGGGACUGGUGAGUUCAAAUUCCUCAAACCCAUGGUCUCCAACCUGUUGCUUCAGGAUGCUGGGAGAGAAGUUAAGGAAAGUCCCCACUGCAGGGAUAGCUUUGUAUUCAACUAAGUGUUGUCAAUUCCUAGACGUUGUCAUUUUAAGAAAUGUCCUUGUUUCUAAGAGGUUUUCUACUAGUCUAACCUACAUAUUCUUAAUUGCGCUGUUUUUAUUGGUAUGAAGAUACUAGGCUUUUAGUUGCACUAAUCAUAUUUAAUCUUUUUCUCUGCAUAUGCAUAUCUCUUGAUUAUUAGGGUUAUUAUAAACCUUAAUAACCCAAAUUGUAUAAAUUUUCUUUGAAUGAUAGCUCUUUUUAAAAGGCUUAUUCUUUUAUAAUAGAUACAGCUUUCUGCCUGCAUGCCAGAAGAGGGCGCCAGAUCUCAUUAUGGAAGGUGGUUGUGAGCCACCCUGUGGGUGCUGGGAAUUGAACUCUGAACCUCUACAAGAGCAGCCAGUGCUCUUAACCUCUGAACCAUCUAUCUCCCCAGUUCUCUGAAUGAUACUCUUAAUGAUCUUCUGAGGCAUUUCAGUGCCCUCAAGAAAACUUACAUUUGUGCAUGAAUUUGUGGCACCUGCUCUUUCCAUGUAAUUUGAUGUUUUCAAAGGUAGAUUGUUAAAGAUCACUUAAGUUGCCUGGAUCCUUCUGCACGAAUAGAAAGUAACGUUACAUCAUGUUCACUUUCAGACCAGAGCCCUGAAUAGUCAAGUCAUAAAAUUUCAAUGGUACGUGAAUGUAGACAGGGUUGUGACAUUCUUUGCUUGUGAGCAUCAUGCACGCUAGUGGUCUUGUUUAUUUGGCUUCAGGUAUCCUGGAAAUACUAAGGUCAAAGUUUUGAAUUCUUAUGUGAUAAAAAUUAAAGAGAAAAUAUAAAUUAAUUUCUCAUUUCACUUAUUAAAUAAAAUUGUUGUAUCACUGCCUUGCCAUAAUCUCUUUUAAUAAUUAAUCUCAGAAUCAGAAUUUUGUCCUUUCUUUCUUAAAAGGAAAAUGCAGGGCU